AUGGAUUCAGACCGUAAAUAUCAAGCUAAAUGUGUGAAAAGCAAUCAUCUAAGUCGUCCAUUCUGUAAAAGCACCAUUACAAUUGACUCGGCAAAUGGUAUAGGCAAUUUUGGCUGGUUUAGACCUGAAGAUCAGAGAAGGAAUCUUGAGAUAAAAUUAACUUCCAGAACGCAUUCUUCGUUUGUGAAAGGUCGAGAGGGCGAAAGUAUCCCGGAACAGAUUUUCCAGAGUAUUUUUGGGAGUGCUUUCCCCUGUGGAACAUGUGACUUCAGCAACUGGCGUUCAGUCGUAAACGCUAUUCCCGUCUCAUUGACCACUGGGUACCGUCUCUUCUCCGCUAUUGCAGCCUAUCCCAUCUCUGUUGCUCACAGUUCCCUCCGUGCCCCCAAAGAGUACCAUGACGUCCUGUCUUCUUCUAGUCGUUUAGCAUUUCUGAGUUCAUGCCCCAUGUCCGUGCCGCCAUUAUUUCAGAAUACCCAAUUCCCUUAUCUACGUGUCAUUAUCAAUACGUGCAGUGUUGUCUAA